UCCAUUAAGUGUCUUUCAUUUAAAAAUCGCUGCAUUAACUUUUAAUUGCAGGUCUAUUAAGCAUCUUUUAAAAAUCGCUACAUUUAAAAAUCGCUACACCCAAUCGGACCAUAAGAAAAUGACUAACGAAUUUUGAUUAAAAGAUGAUGUAGUGGUUAUGUGAGACUGCAUCAAUUUUGGUUCGGAUUAUUUUUAAAUAAUUUCUAAUAAAACAAUAUUAAAAUUGGAAAAAAUUCGUGAGGAAGCCGUUAUCAGGUAUUUGCUUCUUCUGCAAUCGAAGCCACCCAUUUGCUUCCCGCAGCAUACAUAGCUAUAGCUAGUUGCCGAGUGCGUACCGAAGGGGAGUGGUUGAAGUUAACGGAGAGAAGAGAAUGCCCACUUUGAAUCUUUACACCAACGUCCCGGUAGACGCUGUGGUGGCCUCCGACAUUCUCAAAGAUGCCUCCAAAGCUGUUGCCAAGAUUAUUGGUAAACCAGAAUCUUACGUGAUGAUUUUGCUGAAUGAGGCAGUGCCUAUAGCAUUUGCUGGCACUGAAGAGCCAGCUGCAUAUGGAGAAUUGAUCUCCAUUGGGGGCCUUGGACCAAAUGUUAAUGGGAAAUUAAGUUCAACAGUUGGAGAUAUUCUUCAAACAAAGCUUUCUGUAGAUAGCUCCCGAUUUUAUAUAAAAUUUUAUGAUGUUCAGCGCUCCUUCUUUGGGUUCAACGGCUCUACAUUUUGAGGAGCAGCAAUCUGGCGCAACUGCUUCCGCCGUGGCUGCCGAUGAGGUUUCAUCUUUGAUAAAUUAGUCUAAUAAUUCCGCGCUGCAUUUGAAUUGGAAACUGACUCGUUGGAUUCCUUUCUCCUCCUGUUUUAGAUGUUGAAUCUGUUUAUUAGUUUAAUCUGUUUAGUUCUCUCUCUCUCUCUCUCUCUCUCUCUCUCUCUCUCUAUGAAAGUUAGGCAGAAAACUCCUCAUAGUUUGGAAUGAAUGGCUUUGGCGUUUAUUGGUUA